AUGAAGUCAGGGAGGGCAUCUAACGCUUGUGACUACUGUCGGUCACGUAAGAUAAAGUGUGACGAAGUGAAACCAAAUUGUUUCAAUUGUGAUAAAAAAAAAAUCGCUUGUACUUAUAUUAAAAGAAUUGAACCAAGUAAAUUUGAAAAAAAUUUAAAUGUAUUAUAUGAAAAAGUUAACAAUAUUGAAGAAAAAUUAGAAUUGUUGAUAAGUUUGAAUCAAAGAAAAGAAGAAAAUAUAAAAAAUGAUAAUAUAAUUAAAACAGAAGAAGAAAUUUGUAGCUCAAAUUGUGAUUUAAAGUUUGAUAAAGAAACAAAUGAAGUAAAUUUUAAUCUUUUUUUAAAUAAUGAAAAUUAUUUAAUACCAGAUUUAUCACCAGAUUUAGAAAGAAGAAAUUCAAUCAUCAUGAUCAAUGAAGAUGAAUACUCAUUCAAGUCAAGAUUAAAUCUAUCAAAGAUUCAAUCAAAAUCAAGUGAAAUAUCAAUGAAUUUAAAUGAUUCAACAAUAAAUGAAUUAUUAGAUUGUUUCUUGAAUCAUGUUUAUCCCUUUUACCCAAUAGUUUGUGAAAAAACAAUUAUAAACUUGAAAAAUGAAAUAUUUCAAACUGGAUUAGUUUCAAAUUCUCAAACUUGUACUUUUUUAUUAGUAUUAUCAUUAGGAGAAAUUAUUAAAUAUUCAAAAAAUCAUGAUUAUUGGCAAAAAAAUGAUUAUCAAAAAUCAGAAAUUAAUAAAAUUGAAGCACCUCCAGGUUAUGAAUACUUUUGGUUAUCAAGAAUGAUUAUUGGUAGAAUUAAUGCUAGUGUUAAUAUUGGAUUUGAAACCAUUGUUAUUCAAUUUUUAUCAGCACUUUAUUAUUUUAAAAUUGGUCAAAUUUCUGAUUAUCAAAAUGAAUUAUUAAUUGGAUCUUCUCAAUUAUAUAAAUUCAUAAAAUUUGAAGGGAGUAAACAUAAAGAACGAGAUUUAUUAUAUCGAUUAUAUUGGGUAUUUCUUCAUUUAGAAAGAAAUUUGAAAAAUAUGGGACAAUUGAAAAAAUAUUCAACUUUAGUAAAAUUACAAUCAAAAAUGAAUAUUCCAAAAGGUUGUGAAAAUAUUAUUAAAAAGUCAAUAUUUGAUAAUGAUAGUAUUUAUUCAACUUGUUUUAUGCAAAAUAUUUUCUUAUCAAAUAUUAUCGAUAAAUCCUCCACGAUUUUACAAAAUUUGGAUUUAUAUAAAUUAGAAGACAUAUGGAAUAUUUGGAAAAAUUUCGAACUUGAAAUUAAUAAUUGGAAAAUUUUUUUACCUUUUAACUUUAAUUGGGAUAAUGAUUUAAUACAAAUUGAAAACUUAAAUGAUCAAAAUAAAUUAGAAAUUGAUUUAUUGAAACUAAAGUAUUAUCUAACCUAUAUUACUAGUUGUAAUAUUCUUAUUAUUAAAUUACAAAAUAUCCCUCCAAAUAAUGAUCACUUGAAAAUUAUUGAAAAAUGUAUCACUUUCACCAUUAAAAGCUUGAAAUUGUUUUCGAAACAAGAAUUGAAAAUUCUCGAUCCCAAUUCAUGUUUCCAAAUCUUAUGUGUUUUGAAAAUUUUCCAAGACUGUUGUAAAAUUUUGGAUUUUAAUAAAUUUAAACAGGAUCAUUCUCUUUUAUUUCUAAAUUUUGAUCAUUUUCUUUCAGAAUCUUAUAAAUUGAUCCAAUGCUUUGCUCUCCAUUCUCCUUUGAUCGACCACGAGUUGAAUCAAAUGAAGAACCAGUCCUUGUUGAGUUGUUAA